AUGUCAGUAUUCAUUGCCAAAGUCAAGAACGUCUUGAGUGGAGACACUGUUGUGGUGACUCCCUCAAAGUCGUCUCAAAUUCCUCCUCCAGAAAGAGUCAUUACGUUGCAAUAUGUAAAACCAAUUGACGAUAUAUUGUCAAAAGAGUAUCUUCGACAAUUGCUAAUUGGUAAGGAGAUCAAGAUCAAAGUGGAAGGUAAAGCAGGAAACAGAGAAUUCGGAGACAUCAAGUCUCCCAUAUUUGAGUCAUUGAUUGAGUAUGUGUUGGCCAAGGGAUAUGUUAGGUUGAGAGAUAAUGUUCCAGAAGAAGUAGCUGACAGUUUGAAGCAAAUUGAGUCAAAGGCUAAACAACAACAAGCUGGACUUUGGAAUGAAAAAUCAAGCAAAGUUCAAGUGGUUACAAUGGAUGAAGAAGUUGUUUCAGCUUCUCAAAAGCAUCCAUUAAAAUUUGUUGUCCAAAAGGUUAUUAGUGGGGACCGUGUUGUAGCAUAUGUCUAUGUUGACGAUCACAAAGUUUGUGAAUCCUCGUUUUUGUUGGCCGGUAUCAAAACACCGAGAACUGACGACCCAGACCAACUGGUCAAUUUGGUGAAAGUUGCUCAGCAAGCAAAGCUUUUUGUUGAAGAAAAAUUGUUGACAACAAAAGCUAACUUGACAGCAUCUAUUAUCGGAAAGAGUCAAUCAGGUGUUCCAAUCGCGUUAAUCAACCAUCCACUGGGUAACGACGUUUGUGAGAAACUUUUGGAGUUGGGGUAUGCUGAAGUGGUCGAUUGGCAAUCAACACUUAUUGGUGCUGCCACAAUGUCGAAAUUCAGAAAGGCAGAACAAACUGCAAAAGCUCUUGCAAAAGGUGUGUUUGCAAAUUCCAAAAGACCAACAAGUUCAGCUGGUCAGGGAUCAAAGUUGAAAGUAGGAAGUACUGUGAAUGUGUCAAUAGCUAGAGUGAUCAGUGCUGAUACAUUGGCUGUCAGGUUACCCGGUUCCGAUGAUGAGGUGGCUGUGCAAUUGGCAUCAAUCAGAGCUCCAAAGCCAAAAGAUACCACCAUCACCACUGAAUCUGCUAAACAGCAAGCUGUUGUAGCUUCUGCGCGUGAAUUUGUGCGUUCCAACUUCAUUGGAAAGUCGUUUCAGGCUCAUGUCGAUGGGUAUAGAGAGGCAAACAAGGAGUUGGGCAUUGACGAGCGUCCUCUUGUCACAAUUCCUGAAAUAUCCGAAUCCAUUGUAGCCAAAGGCGUUGUCUCCGUGAUCAAACAUGGUAAAAGUACCGAGCAUGAACGCUCCAAUAAUUGGGAUAAACUCGUGGAAUUGGAAGAGAUUUCCAAAAAACAGAAGAGGGGAAUUCACGGAGAUGUUGGUAAAUUCUUGACUGUAAGCACGAGAAUUGUUGACGCAUCAGAAACCCAUGCCAAGGCAAAGACUUUUUUGAAUGGCUUCAAAUCCAAAGGUAGAGUUUCUGGUUUUCAUAUUCUGUAUGUCCCUAGAGCAAACAAAGUCAAGCUUUUCAAUCCUAAAGAGAGUGUAACCUUGAACUUAAUCCUUGGAGGGAUUGCAAAUGACGAUUCGGAUGAGGCAGUAAAGUAUGUCACCAAAAAGUUUUUCCAAAGACCAGUUGAGUUUGAAGUUUAUGAUAUUGAUAAAGUGGGAUCGUUCAUUGGUAACUUGUACACUAACUCGUCGUUUGUUCAAAAGGAGUUGGUUUUUCAAGGUUUGGUGAAACUCCUGGACUUUGUAAAUACCAAUCCGGAUGCGUCUGCACUUAUUAGUGCUGAGGAUACCGCGAGAGCACAAAAGAAAGGUAUUUGGAAAAGUUAUGACCCUAGCGUUGAAAAAGAAGUUUCCCAAGCUGCUUCUCAAUUGCAAGGAACUACUAUUACCAAGCCAGAAUUUUACGAUAUUGUUGUUACGCAUAUAAAUGAAGAUGGUGUAAUCUACUUUCAAAAGGAUUUGAAAAGAUUGGAAAUGUUCGAAAACGAAUUUGAUCGUUUCCACGCACAAAACCCAAGUGCAUCUAAACUGUCACAGGACUUGCCAGUUGCAUUGGAAAAGUUGCCCAAGAAAGGUGAGUUGGUGUCGGCUAAAUUUGACGGUAAAUACUACCGUGCCAAAUGUUUGGGAACAGUUAAAGGCAAGCUGGAAGUCUUGUUUAUCGAUUUUGGUAAUGUUGAUUACGUCAGUUUAAGGGAAUUGCGUGCUUUGCCAACUAAGUUUGCGUCGCUUUCUGCAUUUGCAUUUAGUACUGGCUUACAAAAUACCAAGUUACCUCCAAAAAGUACCGACUAUUACACCACUGCCAUUGAAGUCUUGGAAGAUUUGACCUUGGACAAGAAAUUGGUUGCCAGUGUGUUGCCCGGAAAAGACACCACCUAUGAUAGUAUUCUUUAUGAUGCCGAAGAGAGUUUAAAAGACGACACAUAUACUAUCAAUAAAGAAUUGGUGAGUCAAGGAUGGGCCAUUGUUGAUCCCAAGAUUGUUAACCCUGCAGUAAAGAAAUACGUUGAAGAGUUGUUGGAGGUGCAAAAAUCAGCCAAAUCUCGUCAUAAAGGGUGCUGGGAGUUUGGUGACGUUGCAUUUGAGGAGGAAAGUUUGUUGGUGUAG